AUACUGCUGUCCUGUUGUCAUUUUCCAGAAUUACACUUCUCAUUUGUGGAACCGAAGAGAGGUUAAAAACCACUUAGAAGUCGCAUGGAAAUUUAGCGCCCACAUAGUAAAUUAUUUUUGUUUUCAAGAAUAUUCGUUGCAAUGGCCGCUGUUAAAGAGGUAGAAGAGUUAAAUAAAAAUGAGCUACAAAAUGGUGAUGAUGAAGAUGACCUAGAUGCUGUAGAAGAAGGGGAAAACAAAGAUCCCGCUAAGAAGAAGAAAAAGAAAAAAAAGAAGAAGAAGGCAGAAACUGAAGGAGGGGAUUCUGUUACCAUAAAUGCAACUGAAAAGAUUGACCCUGAAAAAAUUGAAGAUGGUGGAGCUGAAGGUGAUGAGAAGAAGAAGAAAAAAAAGAAAAACAAGAGCAAAUCUGGAAAAGGUCCUUCUAAAGAGCAAACCAACCCACCAACCAUACCCAUUGCUGAGCUGUACCCUGAUGGAAACUUCCCUGAGGGUCAGAUCAUGGAGCAUGGUCCAGCUGAAGGUAUUGAUGAGAGGACUGCCAAGGAACGCUUCUCCAGUGAGGAGAAGAGGGCCCUUGACAGACUGCAUCAAGAUAUCUAUCAAGAAAUCAGACAUGCUGCUGAAGCUCACAGACAAACAAGGAAGUACAUGCGCGACUGGAUUAAACCAGGCAUGACCAUGAUUCAAAUCUGUGAAGAGCUUGAAUCAACGGCGCGGCGCCUGAUUGGCGAAGACGGACUCAAGGCGGGUCUGGCUUUCCCUACUGGGUGCAGUCGCAACCAUUGCGCUGCCCACUACACUCCAAACACAGGUGAUACAACGGUGCUUGAAUACGACGAUGUCGUUAAAAUCGACUUUGGUACGCACAUCAAUGGGCGUAUCAUCGACUGUGCCUUCACUCUAAGCUUCAACCCGCGCUACGACCCGCUCGUGAAGGGCGUACAGGAGGCCACUGAAGCUGGUAUCAAGGCUUCUGGCGUGGACGCCAGACUGUGUGAUGUUGGUGCUGCCGUACAAGAGGUCAUGGAAUCACAUGAAGUAGAACUAGAUGGUCAAGUGUAUCAGGUGAAGCCUAUACGCAAUCUCAACGGACAUUCUAUUGGACCCUACAGGAUCCAUGCCGGUAAAACAGUGCCUAUCGUGAAGGGUGGUGAGACAACACGUAUGGAAGAGAACGAGUUCUAUGCUAUCGAGACCUUCGGGUCCACUGGCCGCGGUCAGGUCCACGACGACAUGGAUUGCUCUCAUUACAUGAAGAACUUCGAUCAACAGUUUGUGCCACUAAGACUGCAAUCAUCUAAACAACUGUUGAACUUAAUCAACAAGAAUUUCGGUACUCUGGCAUUCUGCAAGCGGUGGUUAGAGCGCGCGGGUGCCUCUCGCUACGCCAUGGCGCUGAAGGACCUCUGCGACAAGGGCGUGGUGGACGCCUACCCGCCGCUCUGCGACAUCAAGGGCUGCUACACCGCCCAGUUCGAGCACACCAUCCUACUGAGACCUACUUGUAAGGAAGUCAUAUCCCGCGGAGAUGACUACUAGCGAUAGUAGUGCUUUAGCUGCACGUUGCAGCUAGCUUAGCCACUUUGAAUAUUUUAAAUAAGACAACCAGAUUGAACAGUUUUUUACUAUAGAAUUUGUAUUGCAAAACAUAUUUACAUAAUUUUAGUUUCUUGAAGGCAAAUAAGUCUCUAUAAGUCGUGAUGAAAUCAUAAUAUGUAACAACAAGCAAUGCAGUGCCUAAUGUCAGCAUAAGCAUGUUUGUUAAAUACUUGUUGCUUUAUACUUUUAAGUUAACUGUCGUUUUUUGACUAUAUUCCUCGUCACCAGCGACAAUAAACUACUAUGUUGUUGUAACUUGUUAUUUCUUUACUAAUCAUACGUUAAGUCGUAUUUUUAAUACACCUGUAUUCAUAGCAAUUGUGUCGAUAUCAACAUAUUGAAAUAAAGUUCUACUUGUAA